GGGCCUCUUGGUUCAGGCUUCCGGCUGGAGCCAAGGAGCACGGUCAUUCAUAAGGUGCUGGGGCCGAGGUUAAGCAACAGCAGGAAUUCGGCACCGGUUCUAGUCCAAAGCCGCCUAGCCCAGCAGGCGCGAGGCAGGCGAAGCGGUUGUCGGGGUUUUGCGGGAGGAGACGGCGUCCUGGCGUUACGUGGGGGCGGGGCUUCGCGGCGCCUGGGCUGACGCUGCUGCGAAAGGCCGGGCCGAGGGCGCUCCAACAUGGCGGCGAACGUGUACCUCUUCCGCGAUGCCCGUGCGGCCCCGGAUCCGGUGCUGGAGGCCGGCCCGGUGGCUCACGGGCCGCAGCCGGUGCCGUUGGUGCUGGACAACGGGUCGUUCCAAGCCCGCGCCGGCUGGGCGUGCCCCGGGCCGGACCCGGGCCCCGAGCCGCGCCUGCAGUUCCGCGCCGUGUGCGCCCGCGGGCGUGGCGGGGCGCGCGGCGGGGCGGGUCCGCAGGUAGGCAACGCGCUGGGCAGCCUGGAGCCGCUGCGCUGGAUGCUGCGCUCGCCCUUCGACCGCAACGUGCCGGUCAACCUGGAGCUGCAGGAGCUGCUGCUAGACUACAGCUUCCAGCACCUGGGCGUCUCCUCACAGGGCUGUGUGGAUCACCCCAUAGUUUUGACAGAAGCCGUGUGCAACCCCCUGUACUCGCGACAGAUGAUGUCUGAGCUGCUUUUCGAGUGCUACGGUAUCCCCAAGGUCGCCUACGGCAUAGACAGCCUCUUCAGUUUCUACCACAACAUGCCGAAGAAGGCCGUUUCCAGUGGGCUCAUCAUUUCCUCCGGAUACCAGUGCACGCAUAUCUUACCCAUCCUGGAUGGCAGGUUAGAUGCUAAAAACUGCAAGCGCAUCAAUCUUGGAGGAAGCCAGGCAGCUGGCUACCUCCAGCGUCUCCUCCAGCUCAAGUACCCCGGGCACCUGGCAGCCAUCACCCUGAGCCGCAUGGAGGAGAUCCUGCAGGAGCACAGCUACAUCGCCGAGGACUACGUGGAAGAACUGUUGUUUGAAGAGUUGCAGAAAUGGCGGUGUCCUGAUUACUACGAGAACAACGUCCACAAGAUGCAGCUACCGUUCUCCAGCAAGCUGCUGGGCAGCACCCUGACCUCUGAGGAGAAGCAGGAGCGGCGGCAGCAGCAGCUGCGCAGGCUGCAGGAGCUGAACGCGCGGCGGCGGGAGGAGAAGCUGCAGCUGGAUCAGGAGCGGCUGGACAGACUGCUGUAUGUGCAGGAACUUCUCGAGGAUGGUCAGAUGGAUCAGUUUCACAAAGCUCUCAUCGAGCUGAACAUGGACUCCCCGGAAGAGCUGCAGUCCUACAUUCAGAAGCUCAGUGUGGCAGUGGAGCAAGCUAAGCAGAAGAUCCUUCAAGCAGAAGUGAACCUCGAGGUGGAUGUGGUGGACAGCAAACCAGAGACCCCUGACCUGGAGCAGCUGGAGCCGGCUCUGGAAGACGUGGAGAGCAUGAAUGAUUUUGAACCUUUGUUUUCCGAGGAAGCACCUGAAGCAGAGAAGCCAGUCACCGCCGUUCAGCCCGUGUUCAACCUGGCAGCCUACCAUCAGCUGUUUGUUGGGACAGAAAGAAUUCGAGCUCCAGAAAUUAUUUUCCAGCCGUCUCUCAUUGGAGAAGAGCAGGCCGGAGUGGCAGAGACUCUGCAGUAUAUCCUGGACAGGUACCCGAAGGACACUCAGGAGAUGCUCGUUCAGAACGUCUUCCUCACUGGCGGGAACGUGAUGUACCCCGGGAUGAAAGCCAGGAUUGAGAAGGAGCUGCUGGCGAUGAGGCCCUUCCAGUCUUCUUUCCAGGUUCACCUUGCCUUGAACCCUGUGCUGGAUGCCUGGUAUGGUGCUCGUGACUGGGCCUUGGACCACCUGAAUGAUGACGAAGCCUGGAUCACCAGGAAAGACUAUGAAGAGAAGGGGGGCGAGUUCCUCAGGGAGCACUGUGCUUCCAACGUCUACGUCCCCAUCCGCCUGCCCAAGCAGGCCUCGCGCUCCUCGGAAGCCCAGGCAUCCAUCAAAGGCCCAGGGCCCGGUGGAAGCGGUGCUGGCGAGCAGGCGUAGCAGGGAGCCUGCACCUAACGCCCGUGAGCCACCUGGGCAGAUGGACGGGUGGUGCUGUGCUGGAAGAGUCUGCCCCGAGGCCAGCAGUCACAUUUGGCUGCAGAACGAUUUCUCCUGGGGAGAAGAAUUACGGACACAGGGAGCUGUCACCCUUUAGGGUGCUGUCCACAUGGGCUUCUCUGGGAAGAGCUGGUGGACGACCUCUGGUGUCCAUGUUGAGCCGUGCUCACUGUGGCUUCAGGUUCCUUCAGCAGUGAAUGCAGACAGAGCAGAGGGCAGAGAUGGACAGAUGAACAAGAAAGUCACAAUAUUAUUUAAAGAAGAUCCUUUAAAUUGUAUUUUAUCUGUAUAGAUAUUUUAUUUUUGUAAAUUUACUCAGAAGAUGGGUGACUGUCCAGCAGGGGGAGAUCUUGUAUGUACAUACACUAAGAGGUUACGUUUAUGUAAUAAAGGCAUCACCCACACACUCUAA